CGUUCAUAACACGCACAAAAUUCUCUUGCAGAAAGUUAAGCAACUUACAUCGUCCUAUUGGCAUUUGUACUUUCACAAACUCCUCGCAAUUACUCUUUACCUUAUCUGCAUGUACUUCUUCUUCGAAGACUUUAGUUCCUCAAUGGUCCCGGGGACAUUUAUCCUAGUCGCAAUGAUCACUCAAGUCUUCAUUCUUUGCUUCUUCAGCCAAUUGCUGGAAAAUAGCUCAGAGAGCAUCUUCCAGGCUCUCUAUCUAACUAAAUGGUACGACAUGGACCUCAAGGACCAGAAAAAUAUACUUCUGCUCAUGAUAAUCUUCAAGAACUCAAUUAAAAUUGAUACAUUUGGCUUUGGAGCAAUUUCCAUCUAUACCUUUGUUCAGAUUUGCAAAGCUGCUGGAUCUUAUGCAAUGGUUAUGUACACGGUGUUCAAUUGAAAGUCACGCUAAUUAACUGGCAUCGUUUCAGGUCUUUAAAAUAAAAUAGAGCAAGGCCUUCAAGCUUCGUACACAUUCUGGCUUCAAAUACUUCACAUUUUUUACCAUAUUCCUUUAUUGAAUGUGACCUAUAGGAACACAGAAAAAAAGAGGGUGCGAUUAUCUUUUUUUCCUCGUAACUUUAACACUUUUUAGGUGUAAAAAUAU